CAUCAGCAGAAGCUGCUACUCACUGCAAGCAGUGUCCACCCUACUAUAAAAACAUCAUCACACACAGGCGUUGAACACUCUCACAGUGUGUUAAAAUUAAAAUCACACGAGUGAAAAACCACGGACAUCAGCAGCAGCAGCAUAUGAGGAUAUCGAUGAUCUUCAAUGGCUGUGACAUCAUAACGCGUCCGCCGCAUCCCACGUACUAGUCAGACCAUGAACUACGUGGGUCAGCUUGCCGGUCAGGUAUUCGUGCAGGUGAAGGAGCUGUACAGAGGCCUGAACCCUGCCACCCUGUCCGGCUGUAUUGAUGUCAUUGUGGUGCGUCAGUCCGAUGGCUCAUUGCAGUGCUCCCCUUUCCAUGUCCGAUUUGGAAAGAUGGGUGUGCUGCGCUCCCGGGAGAAAGUGGUUGACAUUGAGAUAAACGGGGAGCCGGUCAGUUUACACAUGAAACUUGGUGAGAAUGGCGAGGCAUUCUUUGUUGAAGAAACAGAAAAUGAUGAGGAGAUGGUGCCAUCCCACUUGGCUACGUCGCCUAUAAUUUCAGAAGGCUCUGCGCUGAUGCAGGCCCAGAUGGGAAAAGGCACAACUCGACUGUCUGAAUCUGGAACUGGAAGCACCAUUCAAACGCUGGGCGCCGGUCAGGCCUCUGGGGACAGCUCAAUGAUGAAGAAAAGGAGGAAGAGGAGAAGGAAAUAUAAGGUGGACAGCACAAAGCGAGAGGACAACGAAGAAUUUUCAGAGGAUGAGGACAUGUUUUCGAUAGACUUGAGUUCUGAAGAUGAUCUGGAAGCUAGAGGAAGCAGAGCAAUGUCACAUGAGCUGUUUGCUGAGCAGGUGAAAGGAAGCUCCAGUACCACCGCAUACUCAGAAGAGAACUGGAUUGGUGUUCAGAGAACAGGGUAUGAGAAGUCCUGCUCUUUAACCAUUCGCAAUAAAACAGGAUUAUCCAUCUCCUGUCCUCAACAAACAGCCAUGUUCCGAUCCACAAAUAGCAGUCCAAAUGGCUCUUUGCCUUCUACACCCAAGAGUGACUCAGAAGUGAUAAAGGCCAAAGGGAAACCAGACAACCCUGAGAUGUUGUGGACAUGGGGAGAGCUCCCUCAUGCUGCUAAGCCGUCAUUUCUGCAAGACAUGCAAGAGCAUGUGGUGGUAGCUCCAGGGUCAAUCCCACCAUCUGACAGCACACACUUCAGAUCCAUCACUAGGGAUGGGAUGAUGGAGUCUCAAGACAAUGUUCAUCAUGUGUAUGUACCAGAUCUCAGGGCUGAAGGGGCAGCGUGCGCACCUGCUGUCGAGGUAGAGGUUUUCAGCACAGCCACCCAUCUUAUCACAGACCUAGAGGAGGGCCAUCACACUCCUGGAGCCAUUAGCAAGAGUGACUCCCCAUCCAAAAGAAAAGACAAAAGGAGCCGACACUUGGGAUCAGAUGGAGUGUACCUGGAUGACAUCACAGAGCUAGAACCUGAGGUGGCAGCCCUUUACUUUCCAAAGAGUGACGGAGCAGCUGUAUUGAGGGGUGGGACAGAUCAGAGAAGUGCCAAUCAGUCUCCUCAGUCAGUGGGCAGCAGUGGUAUGGAUAGCGGAGUUGACAGCUUUUCUGAUCAAUUAGGUGACCUGCCUCAUAUCGCCAUCUCUGUUUGUGGAGGUCUAUCUGAGAACAGAGAGAUCACUAGAGAGGAAUUUGAGGAACGUGCAAUAUCUUAUCAGGAGUUUGCUGAUAAUCCAUCUAUUAUUGAUGAUCCCAACCUGGUUGUAAAGAUCGGAACCAAGUAUUAUAACUGGACUACAGCUGCUCCUAUUGUACUGGCCAUGCAGGUUUUCCAAAAGCCCUUGCCAAAGGCCACGGUGGAGAACAUCAUGAAGGAGAAGAUGCCAAAGAAAGGAGGACGCUGGUGGUUCUCAUGGCGGGGGAGAAACAGCAGCUCCAAAUCGGAUUCAGCAUCAGACCAGAUCGAGUGUGGAGAACAAUCUGUAAGAACUGAGUCUGUGAGUAGGUUAAAAGAGGACUCAUCGUCCGAUGAAGACGAUAGCCAUGGUGCUAAGCAGAAUUCUGUGAGCAACCAGCCUGAAGUCCUUCACAGCUCUGGAGGACAUUGCUACAGGAAGACUCUGCGUCUGUCCUCAGAACAGCUGGCAAGUCUGAACCUAAAAGAUGGCCCAAAUGAUGUGGUCUUCAGCGUCACCACCCAAUACCAGGGCACCUGCCGCUGUGAGGGCACCAUUUAUCUGUGGAACUGGGAUGACAAGAUAGUCAUUUCAGAUAUCGAUGGCACCAUCACGAGAUCAGACACUCUUGGACACAUUUUGCCAACUCUGGGCAAAGACUGGACCCAUCAAGGCAUUGCCCAACUUUACCACAGAGUCAGUCAGAAUGGCUACAAGUUUAUGUACUGUUCAGCUCGUGCGAUUGGAAUGGCUGACAUGACGAGGGGUUACCUGCACUGGGUUAAUGAAAGAGGUACCAUGCUUCCUAUGGGACCUGUAAUGCUUAGCCCCAGUAGUCUGUUCUCAGCAUUUCACAGGGAGGUCAUUGAGAAGAAGCCGGAAAAGUUUAAAAUUGAAUGUCUGACUGACAUCAAAAACUUGUUCUCUCCAAACACCGAACCCUUCUAUGCUGCUUUUGGAAACAGGGAAACAGACGUUUAUUCUUAUAAAGAGGUGGGAGUGCCUUUGAACAGAAUAUUCACUGUGAAUCCUAAGGGAGAGCUCAUCCAGGAACACGCAAAAACCAACAUAUCAUCGUAUGGACGUCUGUGUGAAGUUGUGGACCAUGUUUUUCCUCCUCUAACCAGAGGGAACACCACUGACUUCCCCUGUUCAGACACCUUCAGCCAGUUUACCUUCUGGAGAGAGCAACUACCAGAGGUAGACAAGCAGGACGAACAAGCCGAGAGCAGUUAAAAGAAUGUAGUCACAAAAACUAACGUGUGUAGGUAUCCUCACAUAAAAGCUGAGCUCUGAUGCUGCACUGACACAGGUAUUACUUUACGCACAAGCAACUUAGCACUUUGCAGGCCGCAUACCGUCCUCUACCUGUUCCUUUAUUACUUUUUCAUCAAUCAUUUAUCUUUUAUGUGUGUUUUAAUGUUUUGUUUUACUGGCAAGAGGCUGAAUCCAGUAGCAAUUAUGCAGCUAAUAUUAAGAAAAUUGUGUAUGUGUGUGGUUUUUGACAACGAUACAAUUAUUUUAAAGUGCCAAAAGCACAGUUUAUUGAUAACAAAAAAUUUCAUUAUGUGUCAUAUAAAAUUCAUCAUUGGCUUUGCGCUUGCCCAAGGUUAUAAAGUUUUAUGAGGGAAUGCAUUCAUUUUAGUACACACUUAAAGGCACAAUAUGUAGGAUUUUCACCACUAGAGGUCGCUAUUAUACAAUAACAAAGGCAAAGCUUAAUGACAGAAAGGAGAGUGAAACGAU